AUGGCCUAUUCUAUAGGCAUCAACGGUAGCCCGAGUCAUAUGAUAACGGAAGUGAUGGAUUCCCAGUCCGCACUCCGGACUUGGUGGACACUUUAUAGCCUGGAAUCUGAUAUUUGUCUCGAGUAUGGCAAGCCGCUUUGCAUACGCGAAACUGAUGCCAAGGCGCCAUACCCACAACACACUUCUGAUGUCGUCUCCGACAUGAGCAGGUUUAACUUCAUCGUCGCCAACGCCAAGUUUAGCCGCAUUGUUCGCAAGAUUCUUGAUUUGGUGGGUUCCUAG